UACGGCCGGAGGUUCUACGCCACUAAACCGGACUUCGCCGCACGCCGGAUCGAGGCGAUCGGCUUCCAGGUCGGGCGCCAGCUCAUCGAGAGGUUUCCCUUGAAUCUUUCUAUUGUUUGGGCUGAUCGUGUGAGGUUUAGUGGGCAGGAGCCGUCGUUUCUGGUCGAUAACUGCGAAUGCCGAAGAUAUACAAUUGAACAUCCUCGAUUUAGUGAUCAUCUAGAAGCUAUCAAGUAUGCAAAGAUUUGGUUAGAGCUGUUCAAGAAGCAGAUUGAUAACUUGAAGACCAAUCACAGGGGCACCUUUGUUCUGCGAGACAACAAGUUCUGUUGGUUUACUCUUGUAUCUAUUGAUCCUUCAUCGGAAGAUGAUGAAGCAUCUCAGGGCUCUUCAUCUGAAGCUGCAAACAUGCUUCUACAUUUCCCAUGUGGAAUUAUAAGGGGAGCCUUGUCAAAUGUGGGAAUUUCUUGUGCUGUUUCUGCUGAUGCAUCAAAUCUCCCUUCAUGUUCAUUGGAGGUUAUCAUGAAGGCUUUUGGAUCAUAACAUCCAUUUUCUUUCAGAAUGAUUGGUGAAGCUUGCGAGUUUUUAGAUGGGCAAGCAUCACGAGAUCGAAAGAAAGGGUAAGCUUCCCAAUCAAUUUCAGAUAAGCCAGAUGAGCAUUUUUCCUCUUCGAAACAAAGGCGGUGGUGGAACGAUCGAUGCUUCGAUGCCACGGUGUUUCGCUCGCUCGCCAUUUCAUCUGAAUCUCCUCUCCGCAUUUCUAAGCCUGCGAGCGCAAGGGGAGGUCGGUAAGACGGUAACGAUCUUCCACAUUCUUCAAUGGCGGCGCAGGGAUUGGGCGUAGAAGGAUUCUCAGGGGCUCGUCUUCCUCCUGUUUCCCCUCGUUCGACUGUUUCUCCGGUCGCAGAUAUGGAAAUAGCAGGCGGAGGCAUUUUUGAUGCCUUUGGACCAUGCCAUCCUGUGGCUCUUCAAACCAACAUAUCGAAGGAAUUUACAAGAACUAGGUUUCAGAAACUCACAAUGAAUAUGAAUAAAUCCAAAGAUAUUGCGUCUUAUCUCCAACAAGAACUGACAAGGAGUGAUCAUUCUAAAACCGUCUUCUAUGAAUGUAACCAAGAACCAAGCACCAAUUUAACUGAUGCUUCAAGGGAUUCAUGUCCAGUUGAUCUUGGUGCAAAGAAAUGGAAAAGGAGUCAUCAGGAAAUGGGUAGCCAAGUAAAACAAAGACCGCAAUCUUCAUCAACAAACACAAGUGACAAUUUUGAACCUAAACAAAAUGUUGAGCCAAGCAACUUGGUGACGGAUUGUAUGCUUGUAAAAGAUUGCUCAAAGAUCCCAAAGGAGGAUCACUUUUUUGUUAGAGUUCGUCAUGGACAAAUAACUAAUAGCCAUAGCAUAGCAGAAAGAUUAAGAAGAGAUAGAAUUAGUGAAAGAAUGAAAUUUCUUCAAGCCCUUGUACCUGGCUGCAGUAAUGUCACAGGGAAAACACACGUGCUAGAUGAGAUCAUAAACUAUGUUCAGUCACUUCAACAGCAAAUUGAGUUUCUGUCAAUGAAACUUGCAGCUGUCUGCACUCAAAACGACUUUAGUACGGAAGGGCUUCCAUCUAGUAAUCAGCUUCAUUUUUGGGAUGGAACUUCAUCAUCCACUGGAUUGGCACAGCAGAUGGUUCAUCCUCAUAUUUACACCUCCAAAGGAUUUGAUUCCAAUUGGGAUCUGUACCAUGAUGCACAACUAGUAGAACGACGAGCUGAAGAUUAUUCUGAAAAUUACAAGUGGUACUAAAGCUCAAGAAAGUGCCAAGUUUGAAGAUUAUUCUGAAAAUUACAAGUGGUACUAAAGCUCAAGAAAGUGCCAAGUUUGAAAUGAUUGAUUAUGAAGAAUAACUACUUUGCUCAUUUGGAGCUAACACCCUGCAUUUGGCUGUGGCUUGUUUAGCCUGAUAAUAGCUUUUGAUUUUUGUGAAUUGAUGUAAAAUUUAUUCUAAUAGUUUCUAAAGUUCGUGAAGGGGAGUCUUGGCGUAACGGUAAAGUUAUUUUGUAAUCAAAAGGUCAUGGGUUUAAAUCUUGAAAACAAUCUCUUGUAAAAAAUAAUGUA